GAUCACACAAUAGAUGCUAAUCUAGCUUUAGUCAUCACUAUUCAAACUGAAUGCUAAUUUAACCUCGCUUCAAGAAAUCAGUGAAACUGAAAGCAUUUGAAUAUUUUGAUGCGUCUAUGGAUUUGUGCUAAAUUGUGAAUCCUUGUUGACAGAAAGAUUAAUUAAAACUUGAUUAGAAAAUUAAUCUGAAUUAAUAGAUAUGUUCUCACUGAUCACGUUCAUGAGGCGAUGGAUCAGCAUGAAGUUCAAAAAUCAAGUUGAAUCUUAUUUUAAAUAAUCAUCAUUUUACCCGCUAAUAUGAAGCAUCCAUUAUUCACCCACCAAGACUGAAUUGAAUGAUCUCCAAAAUUGAUAUUGAAGCAUUUCAUUGGUCUUAAAUUGAUUGAUCAUUUUCUCAACCUUUAUAAAUCUAAUUUAUUAAUGAUCAAUGAAUCAAUGAAAGUGAUCAAAUCAACCUAAUAAGCUAAUGUUGCCAUAACAACUGGGAUCUCACCAGCUGAUUUCGUUGAGCAACUGAUAAAGUAAAUCUCAAGUGGUUAAUUAUUUUUUUGUGCUGCCUUUUCUAGAAUUAAGGUUAAAAAUCGAUGUAAAAUGGCUCCUGACACUGGACCCAAUGAAAGUUCUAAUCAAAAUGAUGAGUAUUUAAGUGGUGCUCCUCCUUACAACUUCCCGGAUCCUUCUUCUGAUGAAGACGAUGAUGAGGCAGACUAUGUUGGAAAUGAUGAUGACUCUGAUGCUGAUGAAAACAUGGGUUAUCAAUUACUCAAUCAAGAAACCGAAGAUAGAGAUUGUAACUGUCCACCAGUUAACCAGCAGGACAAUGCAACCUCCGAGUGCCAACAGUUUCCUUCUAUCCAUGAUACAAGUAAUAAUUCCUCAAUGUUUCCUGUAGAUUCACUUCUAUUACCAGUUCCAAAGGACGAAAUGCUUCAAGAAUUAGAGUCGGCUGCUAGACCAGAUAUUGAAUUAGAUCAAGAUAAGAUCGAACAGAUAAAGAAAGCCAUGUCUGGAUUCAAUUUACCUUCCUCAUCUAUCCCUGGCUGGGCCUCAGUGGUUUCAGAGGACCAAUUAGCUGAUUUUAUCCAUUGUAAAACCAAAUCCAGUUAAAACAGAUAAAUUUAGAUCAUCAAAACAAAUUACUAUAUACCAUACAGUAUAAAAUACAUAGUAUCGAUAUAAUCAUGGUAACAGUCUUGACUUUUAACCAGAAUCCUAGCUGGACAACACGAACCUAGAAUCGUCUUUUGAUACAUUAUGGUUCAUUAUGCCGUACUAGAUCUACAAUUUAAUUUGUUUGGUCCUCUAAAAUCAUCUUUAUUUUGCUACAUAUCGCAUCGUUUGUUCAUCUCCUUUCUGCAGGGGAACAUCAGGAGACGUUAAACUUUACAAAAGUCUUAUUUUUUCACCCAUUCUACCAUUGAUAUAGGAAUAAGCCUCGUUCUCUGAAAUAAGAAACGAUAUUUAAUACCAUUUUCUAGUCCAAUAUUAAAUUUUGGUUUCAUCCAGUA